CAGAUCUUCUGCUGGAUGUGGCCAGUGAUGUGAUGAUGGUGGAGGAGCACGUGUUAUGGAUGGCCCAGAAUGAAGCUCGCGCCUGCACACGAAUCGUCCAGUGUGUGGAGAGAAUAGCAGAUCUGGCUCUCCACAACUCCUCCGUCCUCUCCAAGGUCUCAGUGAACAUCGCUCUGGAAGCUCUUCUUCUGCGUCCGGCGUCUCCUGUGUCUCUGCUGUGUUCAGUUUUGCAGCGUCCUCUUCUGCCCCCGGUGUCCGCCACCGCUCACACACACAGCAAAACUCAACACAACACACUCCUGAACUUCAGAUGCCACACCGCCAACGUCUCCGGACCAGCCAUGGGGCAACUCAACCAGAACACGGUGGCCAUCGCCUCCAUACACCUCCCGCUGGCGGUGGAGAACUCCACCUGUAAGCUGCAGCUGAUCGUCUUCCGCAAUGGAAAGCUGUUUCCGUGCACCGGGAAUUCAUCAAACCUUGCGGACGAUGGGAAGCGCAGGAGCGUCUCGACACCAGUUGCGUUCACCAAAUUAGAUGGGUGUAGCCCCUGGAGCCCCGUGCAGCCGGUUACCGUCGCUCUCCGCCACUUCUCGCUGGGUGUAGACCCCACCGCGGCAUACUGGGAUUUUGACCUGCUGGAUGGACACGGCGGCUGGCGGGCGGAGGGCUGCCAUAUAACCGGCUCCGCGCACAACACCACCACCAUCCGCUGCGCGCAGCACAAUAAUCUGGCCGUGCUCAUGGAUCUGAAGAAGGUGCUGUCGUUUCCUCCGUAUCCGGGAGAGUUCCUGCACCCGGUGGUUUACGCCUGCACCGCCGUCAUGCUGCUCUGUCUGUUCGCCUCCAUCAUCACCUACAUAGUGCACCACAGCUCGAUCCGGAUCAGUCGGAAAGGCUGGCACAUGCUGCUGAACUUCUGCUUCCACACGGCGCUGACGUUCGCUGUGUUCGCCGGAGGAAUCAACCGAAUCAAAUACCCCAUCAUCUGCCAGAGCGUGGGAAUCGUGCUGCAUUACUCGUCUCUCUCCACCAUGUCUGGUUGGGGGUAACAGCGAGAAACAUCUACAAACAGGUGACCAAAAAACCACCGCAGCCGCAGGACGGAGAUCACACACCACCUCACCCCGCCAGAUCUCCAAUGCUGAGGUACACACACACAAAUGUUUGUUUUUGUGAAUUGUGGGGACAUUCCAAAGGUUUUCAUUGUUUUUCUAGUGCACAAACUGUAUUUUGUAUCAGCCUAACCCCAACCUACUCCUAAACCAACGGUUUCCACUUUUAAUACAAAAAAUAAGGGACGCACACUGCAGCGGUGGCCAAAUCCCCAAUCACAGGCUUAAUAGCAUGUCAGUGGUGGUAAAUCGCAACUUAAAAUCUGUUUUCAGGAAAGUGUGAACACUUGCACAUUAAAAUAAAUUGUAUUCUGGUGAAAUCUGUGUAAACAAAUGCAGUGAGUCCUUCUUUUACAGCUCUGCAGCACUGAUCUAGCUGAUGUUAUGUUUAAUAGUGUGGUACACCUGAGUUAACUCUAACCUGGAGGAGAGGAGAACAUACUAAUGAACCUAAUUUUAAAGGGUGGAAUUAAUAACAGAUUUUGGCUCAAAUUUUUGUCAUUAUUUGCAGUAACACCUAUCAAAACAUGGAAACAGCACAUGCAUAAACUAGCUACAAACAUGACCUUGUAAAGUUUUCACUUAUUUCUA